AUGAAUGAGAAGAACCAGACGUUGGUCACUAAGAUUUUCCUCUUGGGAUUUCAGAAUCUCCACAGCCUGAAUAUUCCCCUAUUCUCUAUGUUCCUUCUCAUUUACCUUAUGACAGUUUUGGAGAACAUCCUCAUCAUAGUGUUGGUGUCCUCCAGCCGGAACCUCAAAUCCCCCAUGUACUUCUUUCUCCAGCAACUGUCCCUGUCUGAUUUACUGGGAUCAACAAAUAUUGUACCCACUCUGCUGGAAACUAUAAUUCUUGGAAGAGCCUCAAUCUCGCUUGUUGACUGUAUAACACAAUUUAAUGUUUUUGGUGGGUCAGAAACUUUUGUGGGCUUCCUUCUAGCAGUAAUGUCCUAUGACAGAUAUGUGGCCAUCUGUAUCCCACUGUGUUACACUUCUAUAAUGAGCUACAACAUUUGUAAUAAAUUAAUUUUAGUGUCAUGGCUGCUUGGUCUAGGUGCUAUACUCAUCACUGCAAAUCUAAUAGCCAGAUUGUAUUUCUGUGACCAAAAUACCAUUAACCAUUUCUUCUGUGAUUUCUUUCCCUUUUUACAGCUUUCCUGCUCAGAUACUUUCAUAGUGCAAUUAGAAGUAAUCCUACUGUCUAUUCCUGUCAUUAUUUGCCCCUUUAUACUGAUCAUUGUAUCAUAUAUGUGUAUUGCCCAUGCAAUCCUAAAGAUAGUGUCCAAUACCGGGAGACAAAAAGCCUUCUCCACCUGCAGCUCCCACUUGGCUGUGGUCUCCAUAUUUUAUGGGACUCUCAUUUCUAUUUAUUUGGUUCCCCCCAGAAAAGAAUCACAUACCCUAAGCAAAGUUUUCUCUCUGUUAUACACAGUUAUGAUCCCAUUGUUUAACCCAGUUAUUUACAGCUUGAGAAAUAAAGAUGUCAAAGAAGCCCUUAAGUCAAUGAUUAAAUGUCAUACUACUACAUUGAAAGAUGUCUGUCAUCAUAUAAUUAUCCCCUGUUAUUAUUAUAACAUUUAA